AUGAUUUUUCAAGUGGAGCUGAAGGUUGAAAUUUGGUUUGAUGAGCCCCUUGCUUCUUCUUGGCUAAGAAAGAAACAAGACUGCCAACCAGGCAAGUUACACUCUGCAAAGCUCCUUUCCAAAUGUUUUUCAGUAGAGCAGAUUUAUGUCAGCCAAAGAAGCAUCAAUCCCUCAGUGAAAAGCUGGGGCACCAUAUUCCUAACACAGCUACUUCCAGUCCCUGUGGCUGAGCACUGGAUCCCAGCUGCUCUCAUUCCAGAUAUCACCUUUCUCACUCCCCGGCCAUCUUGGCAGCAGCUCUUAGUUUGGGCCAUCCCGACCAAGGAGAUGAAAAAGUCACUGGAGUCAAUUAAUUCUCGGCUCCAACUCAUGGAAAGUGGAAAGUACAUGCUGGGGUACAAGCAGACUCUAAAGAUGAUCAGACAAGGCACAGCAAAAUUAGUCAUCCUUGCUAACAACUGCCCAGCUUUGAAGAAAUCGGAAAUAGAGUACUAUGCAAUGUUGGCCAAAAUUGGUGUCCAUCACUACAGUGGCAAUAAUAUUGAACUGGGCACAGCAUGUGGAAAAUACUACAGAGUGUGCACACUGGCGCUCACUGAUCCAGGUGAUUCUGCUAUCAUUAGAAGCAUGCCAGAACAGCCUGGUGGAAAGUAA